AUGGCGUCAGACUACCAGACUCAGUCCUCUAAACCGCAGCCCCUCAACCCCAAGAUUGUCAUCUUUGAGCAGGAGAACUUCCAGGGCCGCUCCCAUGAGCUGAGUGGGCCAUGUUCCAACCUAAAGGAGACUGGGAUGGAGAAGGCGGCCUCCAUCCUCGUGCAGUCAGGACCCUGGGUCGGGUACGAACAGGCCAACUGCAAAGGAGAACAGUUUGUGUUUGAGAAAGGUGAGUACCCUCGAUGGGAUUCUUGGACCAACAGCCGCCGGACUGAUGCGCUCAGCUCACUGAGGCCCAUUAAAGUGGACAGCCAGGAGCACAAGAUCAUCCUUUAUGAAAACCCUAACUUCACUGGGAAGAAGAUUGAGAUCAUUGAUGACGAUGUGCCCAGUUUCCAUGCCCAUGGCUACCAGGAGAAAGUAUCAUCUGUGAGGGUACAGAGUGGAACGUGGGUGGGCUACCAGUAUCCAGGUUAUCGAGGCUUCCAGUACCUAUUUGAGAAGGGGGAAUACAAGGACAGCAGCGAUUUUGGGGCCCCCCACCCCCAGGUUCAGUCAGUAAGGCGCAUACGGGAUAUGCAGUGGCAUCAGCGGGGUGCCUUCCACCCAACCAGCUAG